UAAUCAAAUAAAAAAAAAUAUUUUCCAGAACAACAAGAAUAUAAUAGAACAGUAUCGAAUUCUGUUGCACCGAAAUUAAAUUUGCGCAGUUUAACAUCUAUUACGUCCUCUGGCAAGAUAGGCAGCAGUAUUUUUACAUUAACCGGUGAACUUUGCAUUUCGUAAUCUGGUGAAAAUCGAAAUAUUUGCAUCAUGCUGUCCCGAAUGUGCGUUCUUCGUUCGACAAUAAAUGUACAACAAACAUUAAGAACUCCGAUACCAACUAAGUUUGUUCCAAAAAAUUAUGUCAUUAGGAAUUACGCACGUGAUACCCGUACCCGUGUUAGCACUAGAUCACAACCAACCCUAUGGGAAAGGUUGAUGGCACCAGCUGGCCCUAAUGCAUUCAGCUUAGGUAAAGGUGCACUGGCGGGUGCCUCAGCCGUGGGUAUUGUUGCUCUUUGCUACUAUGGAUCUGGAGUCAAACCUGGCACAUUGCAGGAGUCACAUCUCUGGCCGCAAUAUGUGAAAGAUCGCAUCAAGACAACAUAUGGUUAUAUUGCUGGCUCUCUAGUUUUGACUGCUGGUAGUGCUAUCACAGUGUUUAGAACCCCGGCAUUACUUAAUUUAGUGGCACGUAAUGGAUGGAUGUCUAUCAUAAUCACACUUGGCCUUAUGAUUGGGUCUGGAAUGGUGGUACGUGGCAUGGAGUACAAGCCAGGAUUUGGACCCAAGCAGCUAGCCUGGAUUGUGCACACCGGUAUUAUGGGUGCAGUAAUAGCACCAAUGUGCUUCCUUGGUGGCCCUAUACUGACCCGUGCUGCUAUGUACACAGCUGGUGUGGUUGGAGGUCUGAGUACUAUUGCUCUGUGCGCGCCGUCUGGUGAGUUUCUGAACAUGCGUGCGCCGCUCGCGAUGGGUCUGGGCGCCGUGUUCGCUGCCUCGCUCGGUAGCAUGUUCCUGCCACCCACUACUGCACUCGGAGCAGGGUUAUAUUCGCUCAGCCUGUACGGUGGCUUGAUACUGUUCAGCGGCUUCCUGCUGUACGACACGCAGGCUAUAAUCAAGCGCGCCGAGACUCAUCCUAUGUACGGAUUCCAGCCUUAUGACCCAAUAAACUCGGCCAUUUCAGUGUACUUGGACGUUCUGAACAUCUUCAUGCGCAUUGCUAUGAUCCUGUCUGGCUCCGGUGGCAACAGGAGGAAGUAAAUAACACAAUAAUAUAUCCAUAUAUUUAAAUUAUUCGCUUAUGUUCAACAACUUUAGUCGCGUUAUUGUUUAUAGCGUUGUAUAUGUUAACUACAAAAUUCUAGUAUCUUAUUUCGAGUUAAAAUUGUGAAGUAAUGUGAUACGGUACUGUAAUAUAUAUAAGAUAGAUUUGAUGUUAAGUUUGUUUAAGUUUUAGUUGGUCGAGGUUUGAGAUCUAUUAAAUUAAUAGUAUUUGUGGAAAUACAUCAUCCCAAAUA